AGAGCACAGGCUCUAUUAAGAAUAUUAACAGUAAAAAUUCUCAGUAUUAAAGUAGAUAACCGUCUAGCGCUAUUCUGGACCCGUUCAGUGAGCACAAAAUUCCAAAUUGUAUGUAACCUUGUUGUUGGCCUUGCAGUUACCAGAAUGAAAAGUCGACUCAAGAAAAAGAAGAGCAGCAGCUGCAUCAAAGACGUGAAGCCAAGCUUGAGCAAAUGCAGCAGCAAGACGGAUCUGCCAUUGCCGAUACAGAUCUUCGGCCUGGUGUCCAGGGAGAAGCCCUGGCCGCGCAAAGAACGCCAGUGCAUCUACUACAGCACUGACUGCGAUAAGGCGGCGCUGAUCAACAACUUCAAGAAGAGGGACUGGCACAGGGUGCCCGCCUUCGACGGCGAGUGGAACGUGUACUGGGCGUGCGCGCAGAACUGUCGUUACAUCUUUGGGGUCGAUCAUCCCUAUCGCAUGCGAUCCGAUCAAAUUAUCAAUCAUUUCCCCAACUCUAUGGAGCUGUCGCGAAAGGAUCUGUUGGUAAAGAACAUUAAACGUUAUCGCAAGGACUUGGAGCGCAAGGGAGACGCAUUGGCCGCCACUUUUCCGAAUGAUACGAAAUUGGGUUUGGGUGGCACACGCUAUAUGCACCUGGAUAUAAUACCGAUGACAUUUGUACUGCCCGCCGAUUACAAUUUGUUCGUCGAGCAAUUCAAUAAGAAUCCGGCGUGCACGUGGAUUGUGAAGCCAUCCGAUAAGUCACAAGGUGUUGGCAUCUAUCUGGUCAACAAACUGUCCCAGCUCAAGCGGUUCGCCUAUGAGGCUCGCACAUUCUAUCCCCACUUUCAUCGCGACACCUGCGUCAUCUCGCGGUACAUUGACGAUCCAUUACUCAUUGGUGGCAAAAAGUUUGAUCUGCGGCUGUACGUGCUGGUCACUUCAUUCAAUCCGAUGAAGGCCUAUCUGUAUAACGAGGGUUUCUGUCGCUUCUGUACCCAGAGAUACGAUCAUACCGAGAUCGAUAAUGUGUUCAUGCAUCUCACGAAUGUUAGCAUACAAAAGAAUAAUAAGGAAUACAAUGCGACACAUGGCGGUAAAUGGUCCUUGCAGAAUCUCUGGCUCUAUUUGGACAGCAUACGUGGCGAGGGUAUAUCGAAGAAAGUAUCUGCCCGCAUAUUGGAGACGAUACGACAUUCUCUGGACGCUGUUGCCCCGGUGAUGGCCAAUGAUCGUCAUUGCUUUGAGGUGUAUGGCUAUGAUAUUAUUAUCGAUAACAGUCUGAAGCCGUGGCUUAUCGAGAUCAAUACAUCGCCAUCCAUUCACUCGACCACCAAGAACGAUUGCAUACUGAAGACGCGCCUAAUCGACAAUGUCCUGAAUGUGGUCAUACCACCCGGUGGAAUGCCCGAUGAACGCUGGCCCAAAACGCCCAGCCCAGAGUGCCUAAAGAACUUUACUCUGAUAGCACCCGUUGAGCUGCCAAAGACACCGAAUCAAUCCCGAUUGCCCACCUCAUCAGCUGGCGUUGGUGACGGCGGAAAAAUUUGUCGCAAUAAAAAUGCAGCGAAGCCAAAGAAUACGGGUAACCGACUGGCGGGCGGUGCACUACCCUCUAAUAUGCCCUCCACGGUGCCAUCCAAGCUGCUGUUGCCCUCGGGAACAGCGGCCGUAAUGCGAUCCACGUCGAAGAAGACAGGCCAGAAGUCCAAGUCGAAGCCAAAGACAACGACGAAGCGCAGCGCCACUGGAGCUGCGCCAUCAAAGCUCGCGUCCAAAUAAUUAAUCACUUGGGUGAUCAAUAGCGGUAUUUGACAGUUCCGUUACAGUUG